UGUAAAUAUAAACUUACUUUUGGCAAUUCCGCAAUACGCAUGACUCGGCGGCCGAUCGCAGACACCAUGCGUUUGCCGUGGUCCAGUUACGGCUCUGACCGUGCCGUUUGAUAACGUGCUAAGUGUGCGCUUUCCUCGUGCGAGAGCGUGUGUAUCCGCAUCCGCAACCCUCCACCGGCUGCGCCAGUCGCACGUUGACCGAUGACGGACGCGCACGGGCUGAAAGUUAACGUGUCUCCGACCGCGGCACGCUAUUCCGGGAUAUCGCGAGAAGAAGUAUCGAUGCGGGCAUACUGGUGUCGAUGAAGGCAAUAGCGGAUGCUAUUGCGGCGGUAUAAUGGCACUCAGGAAACCGACCAAGUACGACGACUCAUAAAAUCACGAAAAUGGAACUGCGCAAAGGCUCCUGGAAGAUCUUAAUCCUCGUAUGCGCACUAGUCAUUUACCUGUGGAUGCUCUUCAUCGAUCAUUCGCACAUGCUGGCCGACAUAUCGCAGAGGAUCGCUCUGCAGAAAACGCGGAUCUCCGUGUCCGCGAGAAACUUUUUGUACCGAAGUCUCGAUCAAUCGAAGAUCGAGGAAACAUUUCAAGAAGGCCGGAUAAAUUCGAAGAAAUUGCAAUUGGUAUCGUUACAGAACUCGAGCGAUCUACUUAUAGAAAGCGCGUCGAAGUAUCAGAUGCUGAAGCAGCAGGGUCUGAUACCAAGUCGGCAAUUACCAACCGCUUUAAUAAUUGGCGUGAAGAAAGGUGGAACGAGGGCUCUUCUGGAAUUUCUGAGAUUGCACCCCGCCAUUCGCGCCGCCGGCUCGGAAGUCCAUUUCUUUGAUCAUCAUUAUGUCAAGGGGUUUCGUUGGUACAGGCGCAGGAUGCCACCAACUUUGGUUGGUCAGAUUACGAUGGAGAAGACGCCGUCGUAUUUCGUGACGAGUGAGGUGCCAAAGAGGGUGAAGCACAUGAAUCCGGGGAUGAAACUGAUCGUCGUGGUGAGAGAUCCUGUGACUCGCGCGAUCUCUGAUUACACGCAAGUGAAGAGCAAGCGUCGAUGGAUGCCGCGGUUCGAGGACCUGGCCUUCCUGAACGGAUCGAGGAUCGUGGACACGUCCUGGGUGCCGUUGAAGAUCGGGGUCUAUGUGCGGCAUCUGGAAAGGUGGCUGCAGCACUUCCCGCUCUCGCAAUUCCUAUUCGUCUCAGGCGAGCGUCUGAUCGCCGAUCCAGUGAUGGAGAUUACCCGGGUGCAGGAUUUCCUGAACCUGAAACGAGUGAUAUGUGAGAAACAUUUCUAUUUCAACGCCACCAAAGGCUUCCCUUGCUUGCUCAAGUCGGAGGAUCGCGCGACGCCACACUGUCUCGGAAAAAAUAAAGGUCGCAGUCAUCCUUAUAUCGAUCCCGCGGCAAUUCAGCGUCUGCGAGAUUUUUAUCGGCCAUUCAAUCAGCGCUUCUAUCAGUUAGCGGGUAUGGAUUUCGGUUGGAACUAAAAUUCAUACGUAUCUUAUACAUACAUAUCGUAAACAGGAAAGCGGAACGAAGUCAAUUUUCGUCAUAUAUCAAGAUCUUAUAUUUACGAUAUCUAUUACGCCUGAAUAUCUAUAUAACUGAUAGGAACAUACGUAUACAUAUAUAUACACAGUCAUAUAUUCGAACGCGCCAUUAGUCGAUAUAGUAUAUACACGAAACUUCCUUUUGCUAUAAAAAUUUGCCAAAACUUUGCUAUAGUUUAUUUCUCUUAAAUUUUCUUCAUAAAUUGCAAAAAAUCUUUUUUUAUUCUUUAUGAAUUUAAUGUAUAUAUAGACUCUAUAGAAAUUUCGUCUGUAAGAAAAUUUUGUUUUCCGCUUGUUUCACAGUUGUAAAAUUGCUCAAAUCUAAGUUUAAGUAAUUUACAUAAAAUUAAGUCGCACAGUAAAUUUUUACAUUUCUUGAAUACUAAAUUUACAAGCGUCGUGAAAAUAAUUGGAAAGAAAUGGUUAUUCACUAUUUCUUAAAAUUAUGAGCAGUGUACGGUUCCCGUCCGGAAGUGAUUGAAACGAAAAUUGCAACAUAUCUAUAUAUUUCCUAUAAUUAUUAUAAAAUUACAAUAAUAAUAGUAUUUAAAAAUUAUAUCUGAAAUAUUUCCACACGCAAUAAAAAGAUUAUAAAGUAUAAAUAUGUAUAUGUUGUCAAAAAAUGAGAACUACGUGUAGUUUCUCCAAUUCGACGUACAAUUAAUUAUUUUUAAAUAAAUAAAAUGGGCAUGAUAAAUUGUGAUGAGUUGAAGAGAAUGUAAAUAUUAAAAUAUAUUUUUACUUUUGCUGUUAUUCACUUUUUAGCUCUUUAACUUUUUUGAAAUGUUUAUAUUGCAAGUUAAAAUAAUAAUACGAUUUUAAUAUGUCUCUUUUUAAUUUUGAUUUAGAUUUCCGCAGAGAAUAUAACAGAAAAAUAUGAUUAUUAGUAAUUAUACAACGAUUAGGGACGGAUUAAUUAAGGAAUUGUCAGGAAAAAUUUGUACAUGCUAUCUCAUCUGGUACAUAUCUAUAUAUUCCUUAGUAUUCUUUAAAUCUUAAAAAAAAAAAAAAA